AUGCCGGCUGCGCCAAAGAAGAAGAAAGCAGGGAAAAAAGAUUCAAAGAAAUCAGCUGAAAAGAAAGGAUUAAAAGGACUUCAAACUAUCAGUGCGUUAUUGAAAAGUCUCAGAUUACAAUAUGAAGUGAAAUGUAAUGAUGAGCAAAGUUUUGUUCUGCCUGCCGUCAAAAAUUCUAUUAAGGAAUAUGAAGAGAAAUGCGAAUUUUUAGUAAAGGUGAGACCUCCUUCGUCUUUUUUGCUUUUGUUAAGAUUUAUAUGUCGGUCUUUCAAUUAUGUUACAAGCAGAAUCAUGCUCAGAUGUUCCAUCUUGCAUGUCCACCACAUUGCAUAGAAUUUGGGCUGGGUGUGAUAAUUCGUGAUUUGUAGUCGUGCCGUACUGGUACGACAAUGAUUAUUGCCUCGCAUACACUCGGGCUGGUACAAGCUUCAGGUGUAUUUAGUUUUUAAAAAGAAGUACAUAAUUAUUUUCCGAUAUUGCAUUGGCAUACACAAACUCUAGAAUCAACUCCAACAUUUUUUUGUCCUACCAGUCAUUCUACAUUAUUCAGUUCACUCCCCCAUCGGGGCUUUUCAGUGACCGAUUACAUCAAGUAUUACGCUUACUUAUACUUCCAUUUCCACUACACAGGAAAAAACGCCUAGCCUGUAACAAUGUUGUUGAAAACAGGCCUGAACAAUAUUUUGCUGCCCAUAUUGUUCCUGGUUGUUAACAAUAUUGUUGUUAACAAUUAAUAUUAUCAACAACCAGGAACCAAUAUGAGCAGCAAAAUAUUCUUCAGGCCUGUUUUCAACAACAUUGUUACAGGCUAGGCGUUUUUUGCAGCGUAGGCGAAUUAGCCUUUCUCACUCCCCCAUUUUUGGAUGGCAACCUUUUUAGAACAACCUUUUUUAACAUUUACAGUUAAAUAUUUGAAAAAUUAUUUUCACAUCGCUUAGAUUUUUCACGUUGUUUAUAAAAUAGUGCCCAAAAAUGGCGGAUUUAGACCUUCGUGGGAGAGGCUAAUUUGUUCGCGCGAAGCGAAACGCAAAGCAAAUCUUCCCAUGUGAUUGGUCAGCGAAAAAAUUCGCCGCGAAAAAGUUGGAUUAGUUCUUACUUUUUUACCGUUCGCGCGAUCAAAAUCACCUAGUGGAAAAUGGGCUUUAGCCUAGACUAGUAUUUAUAUUUACAACAACUGAGAUAUUACGUUGAAUUCCUAACUAUGUUUAUCCUAAAGGUCAUUUUCCAUUGCAGUCGCUUUGCCCGCGCGGGUGGAGCGAACAUUACUCAACUUUCUCCGUAGUUACCUAACCUGUGCAUUUUUUGUCCGCCUGAAUGCUCGCGGACACGCCAUGAAAGUAGAACUACAUUCAACUUUCUUGGCUGCCCGUGCGACUGAUUCUUCACGUGAUUAAAAUUGGUCGCUCCGCCCGCGCGGGCAAAGCGACUGUAAUGGAAAAUGGCCUUAACCCACCCUGUCAACUUUUAAUUCCCUGUGGGAGGAAACGGAAGUUCCUGGAGAAAACCCACGACUUUUGGCAGAGCAAGGCGCUUGCUCUGACGACUACGCCACCAUCGGCUGCGUUUAUGACGUACCCAUACGGACUUCUAAACCUUUUGACUUUUAAUUACAAUUACGGUUUUGAAUACCUUGGGUUUGGGAAGUUCAUACGAUACCAGCAAAAUGUAAGUACGCGUCUGCAGUGAUCACAUGAUAAACAUGUGAUACAAUAACAUUUAUAUAUAGUUUUAGGGUGUGUUCACAUUAGUGAUUGAUUGAGCGUUGAAUAAAUAAGUACAACAUUACAAUGGCGACGAGGAAAAAUGUGCUAAAACGAAAGUUAUAAUCGAUAUCAGUGCUUUAGUAUGGCAACUGCGGGAAAGAUAGAUGUAGCUCCUCUUGCUCCGUUUGAUCCGAUAUCAGAACCGACAUCCUUAAGUCAAUGAUGGAAAGUUUGGAAACGCAGAUUCGAAACGUAUUUAGUCGCGGUAAAUGUGAAAGAUAAUGCCCAGAAACGAGCAUUGUUACUUUAUCAAGCCGGUGAGGCAACACAGGAAAUCUUCGAUACACUUUCAGAGACAGGAGAGGACAAUGAUUACAAGACUGCAAUUGAAAAAUUGGACGAAUAUUUUUCCCCGAAGAAAAAUGUGGAUUACAAGAUAUUUCAAUUCCGUCAAGCAAAGCAAAACGCCGAUGAACCAACAGACCAAUUUGCAACACGACUUCGCAAACUAGCAGCUCACUGUGAAUUCCACGAUGUAGACCAUGAAAUAAAAUCGGCUAUUAUUCAAAACUGUCGAUCUAAACAUCUCAGGCGGUAUGCCUUACGGCAAGAUAAAGUGACUCUCACCGAGUUGUUAUCGAAAGCUAGAACAUUGGAAAAUAGCGAACAGCAAGCCAAGGGCAUUGAAGAACGUUUAGCAUCGACCAAUAUUCAAGACGAAGAAGCAAAUUUUGUAAAUCCCCCAAGAUCUAAUGGACAACAGCGACGACAACAGU